AUAAUCAAAACAAUUCUAUAAAACCCCUCCAUUGAAGGAUAAUUUAUAAACCAAAGGGGAAAGGAGAAAAGGAGAUUCAGGUCUUAUAUGCUUCAGUGAGAAAAUGGAGCUGAUGAAGAAGAAGAGUCUUCUUAUCUUGGAUCUUCUAGGGCUUGUGUUGUUGGAACUCCUCUACUUGGGUUUGGGGAACACCUACUCUUAUAACUGGAAUAUUACUGAAACUUCGUAUACAAGACUCUGUAGUACGAAGAAAAUGUUGACAGUGAAUGGGCAAUUUCCGGGGCCAGCUUUGCAUGUCCACAGAGGAGAUACAGUGUUUAUCAAAGUUGUCAACCAUGGAACUUAUAAUAUCACCCUUCACUGGCAUGGAGUGAAGCAACCUAGGAAUCCAUGGUCUGAUGGUCCAGAGUACAUAACACAGUGCCCAAUCCAAGCAGGUGGGAGCUUCACAUAUGAGAUCAACUUCACUACAGAGGAAGGAACCCUUUGGUGGCAUGCCCACAGCGACUGGUCACGAGCUACAGUCCAUGGUCCCAUCUUUGUUUUCCCAAAGCUUGGCACUUAUUACCCUUUCCCCAAGCCCUAUUCUGAAGUCCCCAUCAUUUUGGGAAGCUGGUACAAAGGAGACGUGACGGAGAUACUUGAAGAAGGUCUGGUAGGUGGAGGAGAGCCCAACAGCUCAGAUGCUCAUACCAUAAAUGGACAACCUGGAGAUCUCUUUCCAUGUUCCAAAGCAGGAACUUUUACCAUGCUGGUGGAAAAAGGGAAAACCUAUCUUCUUCGUAUGAUCAAUGCAGGGAUGAAUGCUGAUAUGUUCUUCGCAGUAGCUAAUCAUUCCCUUACAGUAGUAGGAUCAGAUGGAAGCUACCUCAAACCCAUAACAACCAAGUAUAUCAUGAUAACCCCAGGCCAAACCAUGGAUUGCCUUUUGAAAGCUGACCAAACCCUUGGUCACUAUUACAUGGCUGCUAGAGCUUAUUCUAGUGGGGUUGGUGUUGCUUAUGAUAACACCACAACCACAGCAAUUAUAAAAUACAAUGGCACAUACACCCCUCCAUCAUCACCUUCCUUUCCUACUCUCCCUUACUAUAAUGAUACUGAUGCAGCCACCAACUACACUAGUCGCCUAAGAAGCUUAGCUAGUAAAGCUCACCCAGUUGAUGUCCCUAAAUCUUUUGACACCCGAGUCUAUACAACCAUCUCUGUAAACACAUUGCCUUGUCCCAAUAACUCUUGUGAUGGACCCGAUGGUUCGAGACUCUCUGCAAGUAUGAACAACAUUAGUUUCAGGAACCCAACAAUUGAUGUACUUCUUGCUUAUUAUAAUAGGAUCAAAGGGGUUUAUGAAACUGAUUUUCCUGAUGAUCCACCUUACUAUUUCAAUUUCACGGCGGAUGUGUUGGCAUCGAAUCUUUCGACACCGAAGGUGGGUACUAAAGUGAAGGUGGUAGAGUACAACUCUAUAGUUGAGAUUGUGUUUCAAGGGACUAACUUGAAUUCUGGGGAGAACCAUCCAAUGCACCUUCAUGGUUUUAGCUUCUAUUGGGUUGGAUGGGGAUUUGGGAACUUUAACAAGACCACAGAUCCUAAAGGAUACAACUUGGUUGAUCCACCUGAAAUUAAUACUGUUGGAGUCCCUAAGAAUGGAUGGGCUGCCAUUAGAUUCCGAGCAGACAACCCUGGGGUGUGGUUCAUGCAUUGUCAUUUGGAUCGUCACACUAGCUGGGGUAUGGACACAGUAUUCAUAGUGAAGAAUGGGAAAUAUAUGUCAUCUAGUAUCCGAAAGAAACCUGGAUACCUGCCUCCAUACACUUUUACGUUGCAGGUGGGGAGUGGCAAAACCUAUCUUCUUCGCAUCAUCAAUGCAGUCAUGAAUUUUGACAUGUUCUUUCCCAUAGCUAAUCAUUCCCAUAUUGUUGUUGGAUCAGAUGGAAGCUACCUGCAGAAGCCCAUAGAAACCAAUUAUAUCAUGAUAACCCCAGGCCAAAACAUCGAUUGCAUCUUGAAAGCUGACCAAACCCGAAGUCACUAUCACAUGGCCGCUAGUGCUUAUUCUAGUGGUGAUGGUGUUGCCUUUGAGAAGACCACAAGCACAUCAAUGUGGUUAGAGAAGGAAGAAGAGACUAACAACGACACUUAUAUAUCAAACCACCUAAAUAUGGGUUUGAUCUUGCAGCUUCUGGGGCUUCUACUGUUACUUAAGCUCUUUGGAUGUGAUGCUUGGGCUCAUUACACCUUUGUUAUUGAGAAAGUACCCUACACAAGACUGUGUAACACAAAGAACAUCUUGACUGUUAAUGGGCAAUAUCCGGGGCCACCAUUGUUUGUUCAUAAAGGAGAUACAGUGAUUGUUGAUGUUAUUAACAGGGCAAGAGAUAACAUCACCCUCCACUGGCAUGGAGUGAGACAGCCCAGAAGCCCAUGGUGGGAUGGGCCUGAAUAUGUCACACAGUGCCCAAUUAAACCUGGAGGCAGGUUCAGGUACAAGGUCAUAUUCUCCACAGAGGAAGGAACCCUUUGGUGGCAUGCCCAUUCUGAAUGGAAUCGGGCCACAGUCCAUGGGCCUAUCAUGAUUUAUCCUAAGCACGGAACGACGUACCCCUUCCCCAAGCCUUCUGAGGAGGUGCCAAUCAUAUUGGGAGAAUGGUGGAAGAGAGAUGUAGCGCAGGUUUACCGGCAACUCAUCAGGUCAGGGGGAGCACCUAAUGUAUCCGAUGCUUUCACCAUAAAUGGCCAACCAGGUGAUCUAUACCCAUGCUCAAAACAAGGAACUUUCAGAUUACCAGUACAACAAGGCCAGACUUAUCUACUGCGCAUAAUCAAUGCAGGGUUGAAUGACAAUCUCUUCUUUGCCAUAGCUCAACACAAACUCACAGUUGUAGGGGUAGAUGCAAGUUACACCAAGCCAUUAACAAGAGAUUAUAUAGUGAUAUCCCCAGGUCAGACCAUUGAUGCCUUACUAGUGGCUAACCAGUCUCCAAAUCACUAUUACAUGGCUGCAAGAGCUUAUUCAAGUGGCCAAGGAGUCAUUUUUGACAACACAACCACCACAGCAAUUCUCCAAUACUCUGAUCAAUAUAACCCAUCUUCAUCCCCUUCCUUCCCUUAUCUUCCCUUUUACAAUGACACAGCAUCAUCAGUGUCCUUCACAGGUUCUCUAAGGAGCUUAGCAAGUAAAGACCAUCCUACCAAUGUCCCAUUAAUGGUGGACGCUAAAUUGAUUAGUACAAUCUCUGUUAACACAUUCCCAUGUCGUAGCAUCAACAACAGCACAUGUCAAGGCCCCAAUGGGACAAGGUUUGCAGCAUCUAUGAACAACAUAACUUUCAGGAACCCAUCAAUUUCCAUAUUACAAGCUUACUAUAAAGACAUGAUCAAGGUGUUUGGUGAAUCAUUCCCAAGUAAACCACCUUUGAUCUUCAAUUUUACCGGAGAUUUCUUGCCACAGCAGCUACAAACACCGAUGCGAGGUACUGAAGUGAAGCUACUAGAUUAUGACUCAGUUGUAGAGCUUGUCUUGCAAGGGACAAACUUGGUUGCAGGGGAAGACCAUCCAAUGCAUCUCCAUGGACAUAGCUUUCAUAUAGUUGGAUGGGGAUUUGGGAAUUUCGACAAGAAAAAGGACCCAUCGCGGUACAACCUCGUUGAUCCUCCUCACCAAAACACUGCUUUAGUGCCUAAGAAUGGUUGGAUUGCAAUCAGAUUCAGGGCAAAUAACCCUGGGGUGUGGUUCAUGCACUGCCAUUUAGAGCGCCAUUUGACAUGGGGAAUGGAUACUGUGUUCAUAACAAAGAAUGGUUUAUCCCCAGGAACUCAACUAGUGCCACCACCUGCAGACCUCCCACCAUGUUGAUCAAUCCUUUCUCUCUUUCUUUCUCUCUCUAUAUCCUCUCUCUGUAUGUGUUUACUUCGUAUUGUCUUUAAGGUUGGAGUAAUAUGGGAAUUGUGUUUGUAGUUAUGGAUGCUUCGGUGUUGGCCACAAGAAAAUUUUUCAUUUCAGAGUUUGAGAAAUGAGAUAAGAAAUGAAUGUAACUUCAUGUUGAGUAUUUUAUUUAGUUAUUCUGUUAUGAGAGG